UCCCGAUAGACGGAGAAGUUUGGUGUCGCGUCGUGAGACGCACAAGGCGCAAACAAAGAAGAAGCGGCAGCGUCAAAAAGUAGACGAGAGGAGGUGCUGCUGGCUGAUAUAUACUGCCGGGGAUCGGCGGGUUUCUUGGAGUCAUUCACUUUAACCGUGGCAACGAAACUUGUCGACACUUGUGCGUCGUCCGGGUUUUCACCCAGCCUCCAGACGUGUUUAUCCUGUACCAGCACACAGCCACAACAUCCAGCACGCACCGAGAAAAAGAAAAAAAAAAAAAAUCAACCAGUGCAAAAAGCCCAAGAACAGCAACAGCACAGCAGCGGCAGUUAUUAUUUGAUUCGACAAUUAUUAUUAGAUUCGCAAGGGGCGAGCGAGCGUUUUGGUUGCGUGACCAGUAUAUCAACAGCAGCAGCACCAGCAGCAGGAGCAGAUCGCGGCUGGCGAGAUGAUGGAGAUGAUGUCGGAUGAUUCCCAGCACGUCAACAUGUCCGACAUUAGCAGCAACUGGCACGGGCUGGAGAUUUAUCCCUUGGAUGUUUCCACGGAGGACGAUUUGCUGCUCAGCAUCAACACCAGCAGCAGCAACCGACCGCCUAGUCCGAUCGAAUCGUUGUUAGGCGAACUAUCGGGUUCCCACUCGCUCAUUUUCAUGGAGAAUGCCGAGGAAAUGCUGCUGCCGUGGAAAAAUAAUCCCAACUUCUUGCCGAUUGUUCUGACGCACGUUGUUACUUUCGUGAUUGGACUGGCCGGUAAUAUUGUCGUCAUCAGCACCAUGAGCCGUGGGCACGGCGAGCGCUCCGUUACAAGCAUGUUCCUGGUGAGUUUGGCAGUGGCUGAUUUGCUGCUGGUGGCUGUGAGCGCCCCACUCGAGACGAUGGGAUACUUCCUCAAUCCGUGGACUAAAGGCGGUCGACUGUGUCAGCUUCAGUAUUACGUCGAAAUGCUGUCGGCCGUCGCUUCCGUACUCAAUCUCACAGCCGUUAGCCUAGAGCGGUAUCUGGUCAUUGUGUACCCGAUGAAGUCGCGCUCCUUCUGCACGCUGCACAACUGCCGAAGAGCUCUGAUCGCCGUCUGGAUUUUCGCUCUCCUGCUCACAGCUCCAUCCGUUUGGGCCAGAGACAGCGUGACGUACAUUUACUACAACAACAAGACUUCGGUUGCCGUCCAUUACUGCAUGGAUACGGGGGAUAUCGGCCAGGAACAAGGUCUAGGAGCUUACAGCGGUUUCGUCAUCGCAUUGUACCAGCUGCUCAUCAUGCUGGUUUUCCCGCUGCUCUUGAUGAUCAUCUGCUACUCGCGAGUCAUCCAAGAGCUCUGGCUCUCCACCAAGCAGAUCACGGCCAUGACUCGCGAGUACAACAGCAGCUCGCCCCGACGUCUGGAAGUUCACGACGCCCAGACCGGAUGGGGCUCCGAUCAUCACGGCACUUCGCUCAACACCGUCGCCGGCCGGCUGAGCCACACGCAACCUCAUCCGCAACAGCAUCAACCGCAUCAUCACUGUCGCAAACCGGCCAACAAAUACGGACACUCGCGCAGCGGCGACGGCGCCAAACAAGCUCGUAAACAGGUCAUCAAGAUGUUGAUUUUGGUGGUUUUACUUUUCCUGGUUUGCUGGGGACCGAGACUCUUGUUGAACGUCAUCAUCAAGUGGGGCUUGCCCAGCUACGAUCACACCGUCUAUCAACUGCGUUUCGUUUUCUAUCUCCUUCCGUUCGUUCACAGUUGCAUCAAUCCUGUCAUCUACGGUUUCAUGUCGACAAAUUUCCGACGAAUGAUGGUUCGGUGUUGCACCCGGAGACGAAGAUUCUCUCAAAUGUGUGGCUGUCUCGUCCGCUGCUGUGAAGACGACGACGCUCACAACACUCGUCCAAACUCGGUCAUGUUUGAAAUGAGCAAUGGAACGGGACUUCGGAGGCACGGGACACUUGGUCACACGUCGGCGUACUGCGUCUCGAUAGCCACGACCGAAGCGACUUUAGCGACGGCCAUUCCGCGCAACUCUCUCUACCAAGAACGGCCGGGGCUUUUUAGUACGGAAGACAUUUGAGAGAAAUAGAAUUACACAUUUUCGAUGUAUGAUCUCAACGUUAUAUAUGUAUAGGGAGGAUUUAUUUUUGACGAAAAUAAAGAGCCCCCGUUUCGAUAACACGAUAUUCAUUGCCCCCCCCCCCCACCCCACCUUCCCACUAAUACUCAUUACUGGUAAACCUGAAACCAAAACUCUCGUUAUUUCAUGUCAGAUAUCACCAUCUUAAUAUCGUCAAUGUUUGAACGUGUUUCACUUCAUUUUCGUCACGUUUUCAUGUUGCACGUAUUCAUCUCUUUGUACGCGGAUGAAGGAAAACAAUACACACUAUCUUUAAUGUUA